AGCGUCGACGCGGUUCUUCCGGCAUACGCAACACACUUGCUACCUGUUGAAGUUCGUUGGAAACCCUCUCUUUGCGCCAACCACAUUUUGUAAACAUCCUUACGGUUGUGCACUAAGUUUGUCCCCUGGCAUAGCGCAAUCAACAGUAUUCUGGAUAUCUUUCUUUUCUCUUUUACCCGUGUCUGUUGACCCCUGGAAAUUUUUCUCUGUCUGUCAGCGAGAAAGUUAAUCUUUCUCUUUUUUCCUCCUUUCAAGCAUGUCCAACUAUGCUGAGCAUCCUGAUCUCACUCUAAACGAAAAGGGUGUGUGGCGCUUGGCCACCAAAAAAGAUCAUGCAUACAAAUACAUUGUGCAAAGGGCACCUACCGCCCGCGCUCGGUGCCGGAAAUGUUCGCAGCUGGUUCAGAAAGGUGAGUUGCGCGUCGGUCUUCCAAUUCGUCAUUGUGCUGGAGACAACGGCUGGAUUUCAGCCUGGCAGCACCUGAGCUGCACUCGAAUUGCUGAGGAGUGCGACUACCCGUCUGAGAUGCAAGGAUUUGCGCAUUUGAAGCCGGAGGAACAGGAUGUCGUGAAGAAGGAGGUCACCUCCGCUGCGGUUCCGGAGCACCUGCAGCCGUUAGAUCCGGACGACCUCGUGCACCGCGGCAAGAUGGAGCAGAUGGCUCCGCCGCCCACGCUGUUGCGACCGUUGCUUGCGUACCAGAAGGAAGGUAUGGGCUGGAUGGUGCGCCAGGAGUUAGAAUCGGAGGUCAAAGGCGGCAUCCUGGCCGAUGAAAUGGGUAUGGGGAAGACGAUCCAAACGAUCGGGAUGAUGCUCACCCACCGCGUAAACGGGCCGACGCUGGUUGUCUGUCCUGUGAGCUCGAUGCUGCAAUGGGAGGCUGAGGUCAAGGAGCACGUUGUGCCUGGGUCGCUCUCCGUGGUCGUCGUGUACAGAACCACGAAAGUGGCGAAGGAGGACUUGGAGAACGCAGAUUUGGUGCUCACAACGUACCCCAUGAUUGAGCAUGCGUGGCGAGCGCUGAUUAACGAGAUUAAAGUCCCCUGCCCGUACUGCGGUUUGCUUUUCAUCCCUCGGCAGUUGGUGGUGCACAACAAGUAUUUUUGCGGCCCGCUGGCGAGGAAGACUCAAAAGCAGGCGAAGCGCGAGAAAAAUGCGGCGAGCGCCGCCACCAAAUCUCGUGGCGUCCAGUCGGCCGAGACAAUUCGCAAAGGUCUGCGCACUCUACACGUCGACCUCGAGGAAGACGACACGGCGGCGGAAAAGGCGAGCACAGGAAAGAAAGAUGCCGUGCCGCAGCAGCGACGACACAACCGCUUCGACGAAGAUGCCGAAAGCAGCGCCGCGCUGGCCGUCAAGAGAGAGAAACGUGACGGUUCGAGUGGCGGCACUGCACCUCUCACUGCGUCGACAGUCAUCAAAAAGGAGGGGGCGGAUCCAGACGCGGAAGGCGCAGAAGGCAGCGACAAGAAGGUCAUCCAACCAGCCGCGGCCUCUCGCGGUGUCGUUGGCCCAAUAGGGAUGUAUCAGGAGCUGAUGCGCGAGGCGGGCCGCACCGUGCGAAGUCGCUGGGACCCUUUGCGACGUGACGGGGAGAGCAGCAGCAGUAGCAGCGAGGAGGAGGAGGAGGACUCUGACGACGACAGCAGCGACGCGUCCUCCGACACCUCCUACGACUCUGCGGCGGCGGAGGCAGAGGAGAAGGCGGCGGCUGAACGUGCCUCUGAGGCGCUCGCGGCAUUUCGCUGUUCUGCCUGCCAAUUUCAGUUUCUACGCUACCCAUUCUGCCCCAAGACGGGUCAGCACCACAUUGUGCCAGAGGGGCUGCGGGACGUGAUCGAGAAGGACACCGGCGGCGACGACGUUGACCUGAUGGGGUCCAUCUUCCAUUCCAUUAAGUGGGCUCGCGUGAUUCUAGACGAGGCGCACCGCAUUAAAGGUCGCACAACCAGCACCGCCCGCUCCGCCUUCGCGCUGUCGGCCGAGUAUCGCUGGUGUCUGACCGGCACCCCGUUACAGAACCGUGUCGGCGACCUCUACAGUCUCCUGCGCUUUCUGCGCAUGCGGCCCUACGCGCAUUACUACUGCGGGACCGAGGGCUGCUCCUGUACCUCGUUGUCGCACCCCUUCUCGUCCACCUCGCUGCGGCAGUGUGUCUUCUGCGGCCACGGCCCGCUGCAGCACAGCUCCUACUUCAACCGCUUCAUUCUAAACCCCAUUAACCGCUACGGCUACAUCGGUGAUGGCCGACGGGGGAUGAUGAUGCUCUCGAACGACGUGUUCGCGAAGGCGAUGCUGCGGCGCACGAAGCUGGAGCGCGCGGCCGACCUGCAGCUCCCUCCCUUGACGAUCGAGGUGCGCCAUAUCGAACUCACCAAGGAGGAGCGCAACUUCUACGAGUCCUUGUACAAGAAGAGCACGGCGGAGUUCGACACCUUUGUGCACAAGGGCACGGUACUGCACAACUACGCGCACAUCUUCCAACUGCUGAGCCGGCUGCGGCAGGCGCUGGAUAAUCCGCUGCUGGUGAUGCGGGGCAUGGAGGUGGGGCCGGUGGUAAAUGUGAAGGGCCUUUGCGGCAUCUGCGGCGACGCCCUCGACGGCGAGAGCGCGUUGAAGGUGCACCCUUGCCGCCACCAGUUCCACCGCCUGUGCCUCGGUCAGUUUCUCGAAAGCGCGCCCGACAAGGAGUUCCACUGCCCCACCUGCUUUGUUCGCAUCAACGUCGAUCUGCGGCAGCUGCGACAGGAUUUGGAGGAGGACGAGGAUGCGGUGGAGGGCGGUGGAGACGGUGGUGGGCUGAUCACGGCCGCGCUGCCCCCGGAGCUGGAGCAGGAGGCCAACGGCGACUCAGACAACGAUGAGGACGGCAAUGAGGAGGCCGACGAGGCGCCAACGACGGCGUCGAAGAAGGGCAGCAGCCGUCGCCGCAGCUCAGCACCGACAGCGUCGCGCGGCGCAAUGAAGAGGCAGCAGACUGCGGGGGAAGCGGAAGGUGAUGGCGACGAGCAGACGCUUGCGUCGCACUUCAUGGCGCAGUCGCAGGAAAAGAAGAAGAAGUCGCAGGAGCCCACAAAGAAGGACCAGCAAAGCAUCCUGGCUCGACUGGACCCGCAGAAGCCCUUACACGGCACGAAGCUCGACGCCAUCGCAGACUACGUCGACAGCGUCCCAAAGGACGAGAAGGUAAUUAUCUUCUCGCAGUUCGGCUCCAUGCUUGACCUAACGCAGUACUGGCUGCAGCGUCGCUUCGUGAAGGCGGUGAAGCUGUGCGGAUCGCUCACGCUGACACAGCGGCAGUCCGUGCUGCAGGCGUUUCUGCACGACCCCACGGUGCGCGUCAUUCUCAUCUCGCUGAAGGCCGGUGGCGAGGGCCUCAACCUGCAGGUGGCCAACCACAUCGUGCUAACCGAUCCGUGGUGGAACCCGGCCGUGGAGAUGCAGGCGGUGCAGCGGGCCCACCGCAUUGGGCAGACGCGACCGGUGCACGCCGUUCGCUUCGUGACCGCGAGUUCGGUGGAGGAGCGCAUGGUGGAUCUGCAGGACAAGAAGAUGCUUGUCUUUGAAGGCACGAUUGAUGGCAAGAUGCAGUCGUUGAAUAAGCUGUCGGAGGAAGACCUACAAUUCCUUUUCACGCGCUGA